AUGGGCAACGAAAAGGACAUGGAGGUCGGGACGACCAACGUCUCAGCGGCGGUGCCCCCGCCCUACGAGAAGGCAGAGGUCGGCCGCGACUUCGUCCGUUCAAUGGUCGAGAAAGAUCUCCUUGACAGUCGGUACAGUCAGACGCAGCGUGGCCUCAAGUCGCGACACGUCCAGAUGAUGGCCCUUGGUGGGACCAUCGGAACAGGUCUCUUCGUCGGCAGCGGUCAGGCACUCGCCAUCGGUGGCCCGGCGUUCCUGCUCGGUGCGUACGUCUUCAUCGGCUCUCUCGUCCUCAUGGUCGUCACCGCCGUCGCUGAGAUCGGAACCUACCUCCCCGUCCACGGCGGCACGAUGAGUUACUACGGAUAUCGGUAUGUCUCGAGAAGUCUGGGCUUCGCUCUCGGGUACCUGUACUGGUAUUCCAUGGGUAUCCUGGUUCCAAACGAAAUCGUCGCCGGUGCGUUGAUCAUAGAUUAUUGGGAGUCAAACGUCCACAUCGCCGUCUGGAUCACCAUCCUGCUCAUCGUCAUCCUCGCCCUCAACGUGCUUCCCGUCCAGUGGUACGGCGAAUCAGAAUUCUGGUUCGCCAGCUUGAAGGUUAUCAUGUUGCUGGGCCUGCUCAUCCUUGCUUUUAUCCUCUUCUGGGGCGGUGGCCCAAGCCGUCAACGACUCGGCUUCCACUACUGGAAAACCCCGGGGGCGGCAAACGAAUACAUCCUGACCGGAGACAAGGGCCGCUUCAUCGCGCUGCUGCAGUGUAUCGUCCUCAGUGCUUUUGCUUUUCUCUUCGCACCCGAACUCAUCAUCCAGACCGCCGGUGAGAUGCAAUCCCCUCGAUACAACAUUCCCCGAGCUUCACGCCGAUACUUUUACCGUCUGUUCUUCUUCUAUAUCUUGGGCUCCAUCGCUAUCGGUGUCACCUGUCCAUCCGAUAACGCUGCCUUGACCAACGGCGGUGCUGGCGCCGGUUCUUCGCCGUUCGUGGUCGGCAUCAAGAACGCCGGUAUCCCCGUCCUUGACAGCGUCGUCAAUGCCGUCAUCCUUACCUCUGCAUGGAGCUCUGGAAACUCCUAUCUAUACAUGUCCUCCCGCGCGCUUUACUCCCUUGCCGUAUCAGGCAACGCUCCCAGCAUCUUCAAGGCAUGCAACAGGUACGGCCUCCCAUACACUGCCAUGAUGGCCAGCGCUUGCUUCUCCGGUCUCUCCUACCUUGCCGUCGCGAACGGCAGCUCGCAGGUCUUCAACUGGUUCGUCAGCCUUACCAACACAUCCGGUUUUAUCUCCUGGACCUGCUGCUGCAUCAUUUACUUCCGCUUCCGCAAAGCCACCGAUGUCCAGGGCGUCGAACGUCCUUAUAAGUCUUUCCUCCAGCCAUACGGCGCGUAUAUCGGCAUCGUCGGCUUUAUCUUCCUCGUCCUCAUCAACGGCUUCCAGGUGUUCUUCCCCGAGAAGUGGACGGUCUCUGGCUUCUUCACGGCGUAUAUUGGUCUUCCGGCAUUUUUGAUCUUGUACUUCGGGCACAGACUGGUUUACCGACACGAUCCCUGGGCGUGGAAGCCGGAGGACGUUGACCUCGUGACGGGUCUGGAGGAGAUCCUUGUUGCAGAGCAGCCUCCAAAGGUUCGCACGGGCCCGAUCAAAUAUAUCUCUUUCCUUUUCGAGUAG